GUCCGCUUAGCAGAAUAGCACAGAUAUUAUACUAUUCCAUGUAUUCCAAUUAUCAGACAUUAAAAAAUAUUCUGUUUGUUAGUGACAUAAUAGCAACACUAGUCUCAUGCCAAAAUAAAAAAAAACUCAACAUACAACACACUUUAAUUUUCUAUAUAGUUAAUUUUAAUUCUCUUAUUUUCUUUCCUUUAUAUCUGUUCAUUAACAUAUUUUCUAAAUGGAAUAAUUAGUUAUUUAAAGCAGUAGAAGUUUUAGGUGAAGCGAACCAAUUUUAUUCUUAAGCUUCAAUUUAAUUAUGAAGUUAAAUUAUUUAAUUUAUUGAGAAAACUACUAAAAAUGGAAAAUCAACCAAAGAAAUUUCAUCAUUGUACACAUGAAGGGUGUAAGGCAGCAUUCAACAGACCCUAUCGACUUGUACAACAUUUACUCGUUCACAACAAUAUAAGAAUUUAUGUGUGUGAAGAGAGCAACUGUUCUAAGUCAUAUACAAGUAGAAGUCAUUUAGAUCGUCACAUAAAUAAUGUUCAUAAAAGCCCAGAAAAAGAUAUGUUGUACAGUUGUCCAACAUGUUUCAAGAAUUAUGCAAACCGCCAAAAUUUGAAGAGACAUAUAAAGAUACAUCAUAAAUUGAAGGUUCCAUUUACUUGUGAUGUUUGCAAGGCAGAAUUUAGAAAGAAAAACCAGUUGAGUGCUCAUAUGUACGUACACACUGGUUUGAAAUCGUUUAGCUGUGACGUGUGCUCUAAAGAUUUUGUGAGCCUCUAUGAGAAAAAAAAGCAUUUAAGACAUCAUAAAACAUACAAUUGCAAUGAAUGUCAAAUGAGGUUUAAUACUUGGUCUAAGUAUCAAAAACACAAAAAAACUGACCAUGCUAAUAAAGAGUUUAUUUGUCAUGAUUGUGGCAGAAGUUUUAAACAAAGAAGUCAUAUAGUGCGACAUGUAAAAAUUCAUACAAAAACAAUAUUUGAACCAAAGAAGUUCUUGUGUCCAUAUGACAAUUGUCAAAGGUGGUAUACGAGAAAUAGUAAUUUAAAGCAGCAUAUCUUGAUAAAACAUUUAAGAUUUACACAUAAUUGUCACAUCUGUAAAGCACAGUUAUCAACAAAGGCUAAAUUGGAUUACCAUAUAAAACUUCAUAACCAACCUCCAAAAGUGAGACAACCAAGAACCAAAGCUACUGGACGUAAAGAGAGAAAAGAUAAAGGUGUUCCAAAAGGAUCAACAGCCUUGAAGUUAGCUGGAAUGUCUAAAAAUCCAGUAAAUGAAGACAAUAGUACUAAUUCAUUAAUUCAAAUUUGUAUUGAUGUUGAAUGUGUUUAUGUGUUGGAUCGGCAAGCGAGUCAAGUACCUACAGCGAAGUCCAACAAGUGGCAGAACUGCAACAACAAAGCAUCGAAAGCAGCGCAACGGAGAUCCGCAGACCAACUCGGGUCUGCAACCCCAACGCAACGCCGCGACUUCAGCCACACCGCACGGAUCCCUGCAUCGCCUAAAACAAGAGUGAAGACGUCGUCUGGUGCGUUUGUUGAUGCAAACGUACCAGACCACGGCCGGCUGCCAACAACACCGGGCGGCUGAGUACGAGCCCCGUUCAAGAGAGAAGCCCACCCGGGGGACAGGCGACCCCAGUGUGAGAGGAUCACGGACGACCGCUCCACCCGAAGU